UUACGGUCGCGAAGAUUUAACCGAGCCCUAUCUGAAACUCCUCUUUUACGAAUCUGGGAUCCACUUCUCCAAUUUAGGGUUUUUGCCUCCCUUCGUAUUUUUUUUCCCUGCAAGUCGUAAUAGAACUACAAUUUCCACUUUUCGUUUGAGUUUAAUCUCGAUUCCGCUUCUCUUUCAUCAAAACCCCUACAAUCAGGUCGAAGAUUCUUGCUGAAAUUUUUUUCUUCUGAUCUACCAUGGCUGAACACUUAGCCUCAAUAUUUGGCACCGAAAAGGACCGUGUCAACUGCCCCUUCUAUUUCAAGAUCGGCGCCUGCCGUCAUGGAGAUCGCUGCUCUCGGCUCCACAACCGCCCCACUAUUUCGCCGACUCUUCUCUUAUCGAACAUGUACCAGCGCCCCGACAUGAUCACCCCUGGCGUAGAUGCUCAGGGUCAGCCCAUAGAUCCCCGAAAAAUUCAGGAACACUUUGAGGAUUUUUAUGAAGACAUCUACGAGGAACUCGGAAAGUUCGGUGAGAUCGAGAGCCUCAACGUCUGUGAUAAUCUCGCCGACCACAUGAUUGGCAAUGUCUACGUUCAGUUUAGGGAGGAGGACCAGGCUGCUGCCGCACUCCAAGCGCUGCAAGGUCGGUUCUACUCUGGUCGACCCAUUAUUGCUGAUUUUUCUCCCGUGACUGAUUUCCGGGAGGCCACAUGCCGCCAAUACGAGGAGAAUAACUGUAAUCGAGGCGGGUAUUGUAAUUUUAUGCAUGUUAAGAUGAUUGGGAAGGAUUUGAGGAGGAAGCUGUUCGGUAGGUAUCGGGGAUAUAGACGGAGCCGGAGCAGGAGUAGAAGUUUGAGUCCGCGCAACCGGAAGGACUAUGAUAGGCGUGAGAGGGAUUUUAGAGAUCGUGACUUUCGCGGAAACGGACGGAGCAAGGAACGAUAUGAUAGGUAUGAUAGGGAUGGGGGAAGGAGAAGGCAUGGUAGCCCGAGACGAAGCAGAAGCCCUGUGAGAGAAGGGAGUGAAGAGCGCCGAGCCCGGAUUGAACAGUGGAACCGAGAAAGGGAGGAGAAGCCGUGACGUUGGUAUUUUUCUCUUUGGUAAUUCUUCUGGCCUCUCCGUCAUUUAAUUAUGUACCUUACACCAGAGUACUUUCUGCCCGAAUAGGAAGUAGAAAUCUUUUCUAGACAAAACGAUGGAUAUCAUAUCAAGUAGCCUUUUGGUUAUGUGCAAUUUGUGUUUCUAGUUGAUGUUGUCGGAUAUGAUUUCUCACUAUUUCUAUCUCCGGUUAAUCAUUCAUAUACUCUAACUUUUAACUUGCGCUCCUUCUGUUUAUAACGAGGAUUACUCCCAUUUUACUUUUCA